CAGGGCUCCACCCCCCACCCCAAGAAAAAAACACGCACACACACAGAGAGAGGUCCAGGGGGAGCAGUUGCAUGCCUGUGUGUGUGUGUGUGUGUCUGCUUUGCGUGCGCCUCGUUUCCUCCAGCGCUUCCUGGCGCACCGGGCUUUCGCCGUCCGCCGAGAGGCGCAUGACGGGAAGCCCUGGGUAGGGCAGUUGCGAGGAGCAGCAACAAGAUCAAGUGACUGGAGGCCUCUGUCCCUGCAACAUCGGAUCCAAUGGCAGCGUGUAUUGGGCCACAACUAAACCUAACGGCAGAGGUUCGAGAUCCUUAAGCAGGCCCAACACGUGGGCGAGAUCUUCCUGGGUGCGGGGGAAACCCACUCUCACAAGUUCAGCUUUGCAGCGUGAACUGAAGAAAUGAAUCUUGAAACUGCUGGGCCGACAUCCUCGUCCCUGUUUUCGUGGGAUUACGUUCUGUGGGAAGUCCGCCUGAAGCUAGUGGCGGCCGGCUUCUUCCUCUACUUGGGAGUGUUCUGCCUCUCGCACUGCCUGUCUUCGUGGCUGGUAGCCACUUACCGCUCGUUGCCAGCGAAGGAGAAAGUCUUCUGGAACCUGGCUGCAACGCGAGGCGUGUUUGGCAUCCAGAGUUGUGUCGCCGGCUUGUGGGCCUUGCUUUUCGAUCCGGUUUUUCAAGCCGACAAGGUCUACUCCCAGCAGGAGUGGAGCUGGUUCAACUGCCUCAUAGCCUCUGGCUUCUUCCUACUCGAAAAUGUAGCUGUUCACGUUUCCAACGUUGUCUUCAGGACAUUUGACUUGUUCUUAGUCGUUCACCAUUUCCUUGCCUUCGGUGGCUUUUUUGGUCUGGUCACCAACAUAAAGUCCGGGCACUACAUCCCCUUGAUGGGAAUGUUGCUGGAGAUGAGUACGCCUUUCACUUGCAUAUCGUGGAUGCUUUUAAAGGUUGGCUUGGCGAAGACUUCCUUUUGGAAGGCAAACCAGUGGCUGAUGAUCCACAUGUUCCAUUGCCGCAUGAUUCUUACCUACCACAUGUGGUGGGUGUGUAUUUCUAACUGGAACGCUGUUGUGGAGAACCUGGGCCUCCUGCAUUUUGCUGUCGUCUUCACAGGGAUGAGCGCCGUCACCGUAAUACUUAACCCCUACUGGACCUACAAAAAGACUCAGCAGCUCAUCUGCCCCGUGGACUGGAACUUUGCCAAUAGAGCAAUGGAAAACGGCUCAUCCCCAAAACCCAACGGGGAUGUGUUGCAGAAGAAAGGGUUGUGACGGCGACAUUAUUGGGCCUCUUCGGGAACCGAUUUAAAACAUAAAGGGCAGGUGGAGGUAGCUGGGGUAGGCAGGAUCGCGAAGCUUCAGUUUUUUUGAGUUAAGGGAUCUGAAACGUAUUUAUUACUAGUCCGCCGUUUUCUUAUCAGUAUUCUUAAUCAAAUAACUGUGACGUUGCAAAUUUGGUUUAAAUAUCUGUGUUGCACAUCUGCAUACUUCAAGAAAUGUAGAAGAGAGAACUGAAUACGAGAAAAGGCAGGAGAGGAGUUGGCUGUGAUCCAGUUCCGGGGACCAGCCUUCCAUUUCUUAGAGCUGCCGCAAACACAUUGACCAGGGACUGUCCAGAAUACUAUUCUGGUUGUCUCCAAAAUGUCACCAGGGACAGGUGGCGUUUCCAGAUGGACCCCCAUCUUUCUAGACUCGCUCUCAGUUUUAUGUAGACAUGCUGAGCUCUCUUCAUUAGUCGGUGCUCAUAGCCUUAAACCUCCGCUUGCAAAUAAUGUUGAACCUAGUGUUUUUAAAGAAAAAAAUAGAAGUGGAGAGGUGUAGAGCAGGUGGAACAAUGUGAUUUGCGCACAGUCGGCACCAGAAAAGUGCAAGAGGCAACACUAGUUCAAGAGGACUGCUGGGCAACUCUAGAAUAGCCAGAUCAUCAAAACAGAGGUAGUUUGAUGAUUCAGAAUACCAGGGUUGGGAUUACAGGUUUCGUUCCUUAUGGCACUGUACAUGCACAAACAUGCCCCCUUUGCCUCUUGCAGUCAGUGAGUUUAAUUGCCUCCGAGAUGCAGAAUCACCUUUGUGUAGCAUGAACCAGCCUCCCCCCCCCCCAACCUGGAGACUUCCGGAUCUUUUGGGUUCCCAACUCCCAAAUGAUGGUGAGAGUUUUAGUCUAAAAUAUCUGAGGGUAGGCUGCUGCAAACCUUUGGCACCUCUUUCAGAACAGUCCUGACCCCUAUUUUACACUGCACUUUGGGGGCGGUAUGUGUGUAGCCGGAGUGGAGGCCCCUCUGUGCUCAGGCCACAAGGCUGCUGGCACCCCUGCCCAUGGAAAGCCCCCCUAAUGGAACAGGGCUGAGCCAGUCCUUCCGAGCUGGUCUCGCUGCCAUUUGGACAACUGCGUAAGAUUCAAUCUGUGUCCUUGCUGCUGUCCCAGCCUGGAGCUGAUGCAGGGAUUGGCCUGAUCUUCGUGCCUCUCCUCCUGUUGCUGCCAUGACCAGCUGGGCUCAGAGGGAUCAGUAGCUCCACUGCACCCCAGAGAGGUUUAGAUUUCAUCUUUUAAAACUUGUGUCGCAUUUAACAGAUAGGGGCAGAGAUCAGAUUUUGGAUCUCUUGAGCAGUUUCCAAUAGCUCCCCAACUGGUUGCUAGGAAUUUAGCGAUGAAUACUACAGUGCAGGCACCCCCAAACUUGGCCCUCCAGAUGCUAUGGGACUACAGUUCCCAUCAUCCCUGACCACUGGUUCUGUUAGCUAGGGAUGAUGGGAGUUGUAGUCCCAAAAACAUCUGGAGGGCCGAGUUUGGGGGUGCCUGCUCUAGUGGGUGAACUUGCCCUACAGGGCUCACUUAAUUAGUACUGCCUUAACUGCUAAAAGACCCUGAGUGUUUGCCCUUUGCUUCGUAAAUUUAAACUAUAGUUAAAAGGCUAUAUAUAUUUUAAAAAUCCUAUUUAUAACAUCAGACCUCUAUCCUCAGCCCUAUCCCCUUCAAGUGUCAGGUAUUAAGAUGCUUCUGAAAAGGUACCAACAGUUUUUGAAAGGUCCAAGAGGAAAGUUGUCCUUUUAACUUUUCCCAGUGUAAAUGUUGCAAAUCGUUUGUUUGUUUUUAAAGAAGUUACAGGAAACUUGUUCAAAGAAUCCGUAUUCCAGCAGAAAGUUGUGGAGCGCUGACACCUGGUGGCCAUUGCGAUGUAUAGUUCGCUUGUUUUGACAAGCAGAAUAUAUACAAUGAGCAAAGGAUAUUAUUGCAUGGAGGCAGUUUACCUAUGCUUGCCUGUGAGUUAAGUCCGACUGAACUCAGUGGGAUUUGCGUCUGAGUAGACAAGAUUGCACUGAAAGCAUGCUUGUUCGUUUGUUUUUAUUUAUUUUGAGUGCAUAAUUCUUCCUGCUGUGUAGCUUUGCAUUCCAACCUGUGAUGCAGAGGUGUAAGGGAAACGAGGUUUUUCCAUUCACUAAUGCAUACUGAUGGAACUGCUGGUGGAAAAUUAGCAUGAUGAAGGACAUAUUACAGGGUUUUUUCCUCCCUCUCUUCUGCUCCCUCUUCCCUUGGUAAAUAGACAUUAAUGUACAGUUGUGAAGGUCCAGUACAGAGGAAUUACACCCAAGGUAAUGUGCAUUUGUCCUGGCAUGUACUUGGGUGGAGUAAUAGCAGUGGGGGAGCACAUUUUGGUAGCAUAAAUGCAACUAUAGAAAAUUAGCAUUGGAAACUCAAAGCAUGGUGAUUAAUAGCAAUAUUCCAUCCAUUGAUAGAUGGGAGUAUCUGUUCACAGAAGUCUUCCCAGGGUUAAAAGGGUCCUUUCGCGAUCAGAGGAGAAACUUUGGCUCCAACACACAAUAUAUUGUUCUUGUUUAAAGGUACCUGUUACCUUCUACUGUUGCAAUGUCACAGCAAGAUAUGAAACUUCAGGACGUAUGCCGAUGGAACUGAAUAAUUUUGUCGGUAGUUCUCGUUGAGCCCUGUGAGGCAAAGCAAACAUAAAUCAUUGUCGUUUUAUCUGUAGGCCGCCUUUCCAUAGUUAAAACUGUGCUCAAGGCGGCUUACAAAACUUGGAGAGGUUUACAUAACUGUAUGACGAAAGCAGGCGUAAAUAAUAAAUGAAACACACCCAAAAGUACGCAACCAAAUGGAACAAUUUCCCCAUAAACCGUAGCACAGUGGAACCUUGGUUCUCAAGUGCCUUGGUACUCGAACAUUUCGGCUAGCGAACGCUGAAAACCCAGAAGUAUUGUAACUCCUUAGAAAUAUUCUGAUACGAACGGAUGAGGAUCGGUGUGUCCUUUGUGUAACCUUGUUUUUAUUUGUGUGUGAAAGCUUAUACAAAAGGGCUGUUCCAGUG